UUUGUGAUUAGGUUAGGUGUUGAGUUCCAGAUCACUUGGUGCAUAGUUGGUCCAUUGUGCUGGCUUAAAUAGGUGAUAACUCGGGUGAAGCGGAAUAUUACACAUCCACAUAGAGAAAGAUAAAAAGUUUUGUAACACGUUCAAUUAGCGAGUUAAAUAAAGUGAAGUGAAAUUGCGUGCGGUGCGCGACUGAAAACGGAAGCUGAAAAAAAGUGAAACUAUCGGCUGUGGCAGCGAGCCAUCGGCUACGACAUAAUCGAAAAGGAGCUAACACAAAAGUAAAAGCGAUAAAAAUCAGGAAGUUAUUUCCAAAUGCAAUAAAUAAGUUGAAUAUAAAAACAUAAAUGUAUAAAUAAAGCUGAAGUGUGCGGAAAGAUUUUCACAAUUUUUGACAAUUAAAUAUAAGUCAAAACAAAUUGCUUGCGAAUAAAGCAACCAGCAUUUGGCUAAAGUUUAGCAUUUAAUUAUAUAAUUGAUUUUAUUUUUACACGUCUUUAAUGAAAAUAAAAAUUGCAUAAAUCACUUUUAAGCACAUUUACGAUAUAAAGCGCGAAUUAUUAAAUAACAAAACAUCGCUUGCUAUAUUCAUACAUAAUUCCGGGCUACAUAGUAAAUUCGCAUAAUAUCUACAAUACAUUAACUUCUGUGACGUGAAAGUGCAAAAACGCAAGGUAUACCUUUAGACAAUCAGCCAAACGUUUUUGAAAAAAAAAAAAACUAACUAAAACAACCUCUACGCACUGGGCAGCUUUAAAUGAAAGAGAACUGGAGCAAAAGAUCUCUGUUGACUAACGAUUACAGCAGUUAAAUAAAAUUAGCAACAACUACAACAUUGAACAAUAACUAAAUAAAAAUAAACAAAAGUCAUCGCAGCAGAACCUCACCUGCACUUGAAAAGCAUAAAAGCAAAUAAAUUGACAAUUGCAAUUGUUGGCUAAACGAAGGAACGAAGUGGUGUCCUUCCUCUACGUGCAUAUAUACAUAUAUUCAAAUAUAUACAUGUGUGCAUAGAUCAUUCAGAAACACAUACGAAUCUACAAGCAGCGUUUGUUUGCGUCAACUGCGCUCGUAACAUAUGCAAUUGACUGACAGCUAAAACUAAAAUAUUUAUUUAUUUAUCUCAUUGCUUUGCAAUUUCCCACAACAACAACGAGCACCACAAAAGGAAAAUAAAUAUUUACCUACUACCUACAAUACAUUCUUGGGUUUAUAUGUUUGUUUGUGCUCCGCUGCUGACAUUCACUUGAAUUAUAACAAGAAACACUCGGCAGAGCAGCGAAAUAGCAACAAAGCAGCAGCAACAACAACGUGCACAGCAGAAAAAAGUGACAAGAACGUCGUCGUUGUCCUACAUUCAAAAUUGCAUUGUUGCAGUGAAAUUGUGUUUGCAAGUAACAACGGCAAAAACAACUACAACAACAACAACCACUGCAGCAACAUCAACAGCAGCAGCAGCAGCAACAACAACCAAAUCACCAUCAACGAAUCUCCACUUGAGGAAUCUCUCUUCAGUUUAUCCAUCUUACAAAUCGCCGCCAAAAUUGUACUUAAAUCGAAGAUUCGUCGUCAAAAUGAUUGGACGUUUAUUUCGUGCGCACGGUGAAUUUUGUGCGUCCCAUCCGUGGGAGGUGAUUGUGGCGCUGCUUACGUUGACAGCAUGUAUGCUGUCAGUUGACAAGCAAGCCGGUAGCGUCGGCGUUGGCGUCGGUGUCGGCACAGGUGCCGCUGGCGUAUCUUCCAUGACUGCUACAUCAUCCUCAGCGUCAGCAGCGGCGGCAGCAGCAGCAGCAGCGGCGUCGUCAUCGUCGUCGGCAACAUCCAGUCGACAUCGUCCCUGUCACGGUUGGAGUCAGUCCUGUGAUGGCCUGGAGGCUGAAUACAAUGCCGCCGAUGUGAUACUGAUGACAAUUGUGCGCUGCACAGCCGUACUUUAUUGUUAUUACCAGUUUUGCAGUCUGCACAAGCUCGGCUCCAAAUACAUUUUAGGAAUCGCUGGACUAUUUACGGUCUUCUCGAGUUUUAUCUUUACGACAACUAUAAUAAAGUUCCUUGGCAGUGAUAUGUCCGAUUUGAAAGAUGCGCUCUUCUUUAUGCUACUCGUAAUCGAUCUUACAAACUCGGGCACACUUGCACAGCUGGCACUAUUCGGCACCAAUCAGGCUGAGGUGACAAAUAAUAUUGCACGCGGUUUAGAGUUACUCGGACCGGCCAUAACGUUGGAUACGAUUGUGGAGACGCUGGUGAUUGGCGUGGGCACGUUGUCGGGCGUGCAGCGUCUGGAAGUGCUCUGCACAUUUGCCGUUAUGUCUGUAAUUGUCAAUUAUGUUGUCUUCAUGACCUUCUAUCCAGCCUGUUUGUCGCUGAUACUCGACUUGUCACGCAACGGCAUGGAUAUGUCGCUGGUGCGUGCUAAGGCCAAAGACUCGAUACUGUUGAAGGCAUUGAACGAUGAAGAGCAGAAAACGAAUCCCGUGGUACAACGUGUGAAAAUCAUAAUGACUACUGGUCUAAUGGUCGUGCAUAUCUACAGUCGCGUUGUGUUCUCCGGCAGCGAUUAUGAGACGGUAGAUAAGAAGCUCUCGCCGCAGAUGAAUUUGAAUGCCAAUAGCAGUCGCACGGAGUCGGGCGAAUUUACGGAUAUGAUUAUCAAAUGGCUUACCAUGAGCGCCGACCAGGUCGUCAUACUCAUUCUGCUUAUUGCUUUGGUGGUGAAGUUUAUCUUUUUCGAACAUCGUAACGACUUACACGAUCAGCUGCGUCAAUCCUCGGUCGCUCUCGCCUCGAAAGAGGCUAACGAUGACACUGCCUUGGCGUCCGUUGCGCCCGUCACCGUCGAUGACGCAAGUCAAACGGAGUUCAUACCCAAAGUUCCUGUAUUGGUUGUGACGCCACCGAAUGGUAGUCUACGUAAACGCUUACCACUCUUCACAAUCGAAGAGCAGAACUCAGUUAACGUACACACACAAACCGAUGCAAUCACUGAAUUUAGCCAAUUACUGCCAUUAGAGAAAUUCGAUCCACCUCCAGCACGUCCACUACAGGAAUGUCUAGAAAUUUUGCAAUCCACCGAUGACAGCGUCUCACCGGCCCAACUAACCGAUGAAGAAGUCAUAAUGAUCAUCAACACCGCUAGUCAAUACUGUCCGCUGCAUAAUAUCGAAUCCAUACUGGAUGACCCAGAGCGUGGUGUGCACAUACGCAGAGAAGUGUUGUGCGAACGCGCCAAAAUGCCACGCGAUCGUAUGGGUUGCUUGCCAUACCAGCAUUUCGAUUAUACCAAAGUGAUGAAUGCUUGUUGUGAAAAUGUGAUCGGCUAUGUGCCAAUACCGGUGGGUUUUGCGGGUCCGCUACUUCUCGAUGGGAAACGUUAUUUCGUGCCGAUGGCAACGACUGAGGGCGCACUGGUCGCAUCGACUAAUCGCGGUUGUAAGGCACUCUCUGUGCGUGGCGUUAUCUCUCAUGUGGAGGAUGUGGGCAUGACUCGUGCGCCCUGCGUGCGUUUCGCUAGUAUAUCACGUGCAGUGGAGGCGAAAAAUUGGAUUAACAAUGAGGAAAACUACAAAAAGAUCAAGGCCGAGUUCGAUUCCACAUCACGUUUUGGCCGUCUUAGGGAAUGUUUAAUUGCCAUCGAUGGUCCGCAACUGUACAUACGCUUUGUCGCUUUGACCGGCGAUGCUAUGGGCAUGAAUAUGGUGUCGAAGGGCUCCGAGAUGGCGUUGAGGUUUAUCAAAAAUGAAUUUCCUGACAUGCAAAUAAUUUCGUUGAGUGGCAAUUUCUGUUGUGAUAAAAAGCCGGCGGCAAUCAAUUGGAUUAAGGGACGUGGUAAGCGCGUCGUAACCGAAUGCAUCAUAACGGCACAAACAUUGCGUACUAUACUUAAAACGGAUGCGAAGACAUUGGUGGAAUGCAAUAAAUUGAAGAAUAUGUCCGGAAGUGCCAUGGCCGGCAGUAUAGGUGGCAACAAUGCACACGCCGCCAACAUGGUGACAGCCGUCUUCCUAGCCACCGGACAAGAUCCAGCACAGAAUGUCACAUCGAGUAAUUGCUCCACCGGCAUGGAGUGUUGCGGCCAAAAUAAUGAAGACUUGUAUAUGACCUGCACAAUGCCCUCGUUGGAGGUGGGCACGGUGGGUGGCGGCACAGGACUGCCCGGGCAAGGGGCCUGCCUCGAUAUGUUGGGCGUGCGCGGUGCAAAUCAAACGCAUCCCGGUGAGAAUGCAAAAAAACUGGCACAAAUUGUAUGCGCUACAGUGAUGGCGGGCGAAUUGAGUCUGAUGGCGGCUUUGGUUAAUAGUGACCUAGUUAAGAGUCACAUGCGUCACAAUAGGUCCUCCGCAGCAAUUGCUGGCAAAAUGAAUCCAUUGAAUGUUACAGUUUCCAGUUGCAGCAACAUCAGCUAAGGUUGUCAGGCUGACUUGACGCACACACGCACAUACAUGCAUACAACUAUAUGUGCAUGUGCACUUGUACAACAACAUACAUGCAUAUGAAGCCAACAACAUUGUUCCAAACUUAAUUAAGAAAUUUUUUGGUUGUGGCAACAACACAUUGAAGAAAUUCACGCUUUGAUGAAGAGCAGAGCUGUUCGAGACUGUGACCAAUCUAUAGUGCGAUUUUGUAGACACUUCCUUCCCACAGCUUAGAUUCGCUUAGAAAACAAUUUAAACAAAAUAUUAAAUACACACAUAUAUGCAUACAUACAUACAUACAUACAUACAUACAUACAUACAUAUGUAAAAUGAGUGUUUCGAAAGUGUUGAACACUGAAAACUGAAAACUGCUUAGUAUCUGCUUGGAGAACUGGUUAGUAGACUCUUUCUUUAUGUAAAGCAUUUACAACUUGCCUACAUACAUUUCUAUAUGUAGUUGUAUAUAUAUGUAGGUAAAAACAAAAACACUUUUAAUGUGUUAAGCCAGGCACAGUUGGGAUAAAAGGAUGCCAAAGUGUUUAAAAAUUAGAUUUUAUUGAGUGAAAAAUGUCAAAUUACUAAAUGUAUGUAACUUUUUUUAAGAAAAAACAAAAGAAAAACAAAAAAACAAAGGAGGCAAAAUAUCUAUGUAUAUCACUAUGGAAAUGAAAAACUAGUAGUUUGUUAUAUUUGCAACGACAAUUUUAAAUUAAACAAAAAUGAAAAAAAUAAUUUUAAUUAAUUGAUGACGAGUUGCAAAGAUCUGUGUAGAGUACUUUUGAAGUAGGUUUGUAUGUAUGAGUAUUGCAAGAAAAAUGCAUUAACGAAAAUUUUGAAAAUAAAUUUAUUAUAGAAAUGCGCUUUAAAAUUGUUCGACCAGCAUGUGCGUAGGCACUAAUACUUUUAAAAAGAGCAUAACUCAUUAAUGCAGUUGUUAAAUUAACGAAAAUUUAAACAAUUAAUUUUUUGAAAUCAAACAUUUAGGCAUAAAACAAUCAAAAAAAAAUUCAAAUUUUUAAAUUCGCAAGCUAUUUAGUUGAUGCGUGAAAGAAAAAUGAAAAUUUAAUUGAGUUACAAAAGCCUCAAUGACCUCAUGCUGCUUUCUCGUUUUAUAUUUUUUUUCGUUUUAUUUGUUUUUUUUUUGUUUUGAUUUCGCUGCUUUUGCUAGUGAUAGUGUAUUGAAAAUUAGAAGAAAAAAAAUUAUAUAUAAAAUUUGUUUAAUAUCAAUCACUCUAUGCAGAUCUUACGCUCGUUUUAAAAACCACGAAAAAAUCCCAACAUACUGACAAACUUACAUAUGUCUUUUCAUAUUAUAAGCGCAUACGCAUGUACCCGUCAUUUAUAACCGAAUACCUGCGUCUUUAGAGCUGAAAAUUAUUCUAUUUUUUUUUUUAAACAUUAAUUAUUGUUUC